GCGCGGCGGGGGUACGGACGGCUGAAAGAGCGCAUUCGAAUGAGAGAGCCGGAGAAGUGAGACGGAGGGGGCGUGUUGGGAAGGCGCCGUUCUGCAUGCAGCCCCGCCAUCGGCUCCCCACCCGCGAGGAUCCUGGUGCAGCAGAGGCGCAACUGCAAAUUGCAACAGCCUUGGGCGCGUCCCCUUGGCCAUGGGGCUGAAGGGUGCUCAGAAGGCUCUCUUCCCCCUGCGCUCCGUCUCAGAUGUGGUCCACCUCUUUGAGCUGGAGCUUCGCCGGGAGCAGCCCGACCUGGUGCUGCUUUCGCUCGUCUUGGGCUUCGUGGAGCAUUUCCUGGCCGUCAACCGCGUCUUGCCCACCAACGUGCCGGGCAUCAGUUUUGAGCCUGCCCAAGGUCCUGACAGCCUGACCUACUUCCCGGUGGCUGACCUGAGCAUCAUCGGGGCCCUGCAUGCCCGCUUCACUGCCCAAAUCCGCGGGGCCGUGGAUCUCUCGCUCUACCCGCGGCCAGAGGGCUACUCUUCCCGGGAGCUUGUCAAGAAAGUCUCUGAUGUCAUCUGGAACAGCUUGAGCCGCUCCUACUUCAAGGAUCGGGCCCACAUCCAGUCACUGUUCAGCUUCAUCACAGGCACCAAACUAGACAGCUCUGGUGUGGCUUUUGCAGUUGUGGGGGCCUGCCAGGUCCUCGGACUUUUAGAUGUUCACCUGGCGCUCUCUGAGGACCAUGCUUGGGUGGUGUUCGGCAAAGAUGGGGAGCAGACCGCAGAGGUGACAUGGCACGGCAAAGGCAAUGAGGACCGACGUGGGCAAACGGUCAACUCUGGUGUGGCAGAACGGAGCUGGCUGUACCUGAAGGGCUCCUACCUGUGCUGCACCCGCCAGAUGGAGGUGGCCUUCAUGGUGUGUGCCAUCAAUCCUUCCAUCGACUUGCACUCGGAUAGCCUGGAGUUGCUGCAGUUGCAACAGAAGCUGCUGUGGGUUCUCUAUGACUUGGGCCACCUGGAGAAGUACCCAAUGGCACUGGGGAAUUUGGCAGAUCUUGAGGAGCUGGAGCCCACCCCUGGCCGCCCAGACCCCCUCUUCAUUUACCAUCAGGGAAUCAACUCAGCCAAGCAGUACUACCACAACGAGCACAUCUACCCCUACAUGUAUCUGGCCGGCUAUCACUGCCGCAACAAAAAUGUCAAGGAAGCACUGGAAGCCUGGGCUGAUUCAGCCACCGUGAUCCAAGAUUAUAACUACUGUCGAGAAGAUGAAGAGAUCUACAAGGAAUUUUUUGAUGUGGCCAAUGACGUGAUCCCCAACUUGCUAAAAGAGGUGGCCAGCCUUGCUGACUCAGCUGAGGAGAAGGGGGCUGGUGAGAGGGGAGAGGUUUCGCCAUCGCAAGGAGGCAGCGGCGGCUCAGCCCUGCAGGACCCGGAGUGUUUUGCUCACCUCCUUCGUUUCUACGACGGCAUCUGCAAGUGGGAAGAGGGGAGCCCCACGCCCGUCCUCCACGUGGGAUGGGCCACAUUCCUGGUCCAGUCCCUCAGCCGUUUUGAUGGGAUGGUGCGGCAGAAGGUGACCCUGGCAAGUCGGGAGGUAGAAGCCAACGAGGAUGACGACCAAGGCAGCGAAGACCCCCGGGAGGGGCGCCGCAGGGGUCCGCGCCGGGAGUCCAAGCCAGAGGAGCCCCCCUUGCCCAAGAAAGUGACUGAGCGCCGGCGCCCCAGUUCCAGCCAGCGAGUGGACCGGCCUCACCUGGAGAAGGAGGAGAGGCCCAGCAGUGGCCCCAGCCCCCCUCCCGAAGGGCCCGUCCUCACCUUCCAGAGCGAGAAGAUGAAGGGCAUGAAGGAGCUGCUGGUGGCAGCCAAGAUCAACUCGAGCGCCAUCAAGCUGCAGCUGACAGCUCAGUCCCAGGUGCAGCUGAAGAAGCAGAAAGCCUCGGCCCCCCGGGACUACACGCUCUCCUUCCUCAAGCGGCCCCGCAAGUCCCUCUGAGCCUGCCUGGGGCAGCAGAGCUCUGCCCUUUCCUUGAGCAAUAUCUUGGAGCUGUCUAAAGUCCACCCAGGGUCACGGCUCUUGUGCUUCCUUCAAGCAGCCAGGAGUAGCGGGGGGCAAGCAGGUCUGUCGAGAAUCUUC